AUGGCAACGACGACAGCAACAACUUCACCACCAUGUACUAAAACUCCAAAUGUAGCAGGGGCCAUUUUUCGCUUUACUACUGCUAAUAUCUCGCUUACUUAUACAUGUUAUUCAUAUGGAUUCACAGCUAAUGAUUCUUCAUCAACUGUUACAUUUAUUCUAACAAGCGAUAGUGGACCUGGUCAGCGCUAUUGGCUCAUUGAUGAUGUGGCUGUGAAUGACACAACAAACAACACAAAUGUUCUAACCAAUGGUAACUUUGACCAAGGUACUUUUAAUGGUUGGACCCAAUUUUGUGCGACAAAUGCUAAUUGUGGAAGUGGUUUUUACGGCCAACUAACAACCUCUCCUUGCAGAUCUGCACCACACUGCUACAUGGAUAAAUGUAAUAACGGUGGUUACUAUGAUUAUUUGUUACAAUCAUUCCAAACUGUGACUGGAAAUUAUUACAUAUUGUCAUUUUAUAUUAGAGCUUUCGCCAAUGGAGGUUCUUAUUUGGCAUACGUCAUGUUGUCCUAA